AUGCUGCUCACUAUCAACUCGUAUUUGCUGCUUCUUCCAGCAUCAAUUAAGCCUUUCAAUCUCCGUCUCCCAUUUACACCAGUCGCCGUAGCGGUUCCGUCAACAGUUGCCCAGGUCCAAGCAGCAGUAGCUUGUGGGGCACAUGCUAAGGUCCUAAUUACGGCAAAUUCGGGAGGACACAGCUAUGCCUCUCAUGGCUUGAGAGGAGAGGAUGGGCAUUUGAUGAUUGAUAUGAGGCUAUUCAAUGAUGUCACCGUGGAGAGCUCCUCUGGCAUUGCCGUGGUUGGGGUUGGCGGUAGAUUGGGAAACAUUGCACAGUCAUUGUUUAACAAUGGCGAGCGUGCUGUCAGCCACGGGACUUGUCCUGGUGUUGGAAUAGGAGGUCAUGUCAUUGGUGGCGGUUACGGCUUCUCGUCACGCACUCACGGCCUUGCACUGGAUAACUUGGUCGAAGCACAGGUUGUCCUAGCUAAUAGCACUGUCGUAACUGCAUCCGUCACGGAGAACUCGGAUCUUUUCUGGGCCAUUCGUGGCGCUGGUGCCUCCUAUGGCAUUAUUACGAACUACAAAUUCCAAACAUACCCGGCGCCAGCCCAGAGCAUUACCUUCCAGUACCCUCUGAACCUCAGCCAAAAGGAGGUCAAAGCCGUAUACAUGACCCUGCAGCAUUACGCUAGUACUACCAUGCCAGGGGGGAUGAGUAUGAGACUAUUUGUCAACGCAGACUUCAUUGCACUUAUGGGUGUAUUUUACGGUACCAAGCAAGCGUUCCAGACUGCCAUCCAACCUAUCUUGCGCAAGGUUGGGAAUCCAACAGGCGAGGUAUCGCAAAUGGGGUAUUUGGAUACCUUGAGCACCUUUGCAUAUGGAAAUCUAACACUGCCGUUGGAUUAUGAUGUGCAUGAAACCUUCUUCUCGAAGAGCUUGAUGACUGCUGCCGUUACUGAUGCUGUUGCUGAUGCGUUUUGGGCAUAUUUGCCAGUCGCUAAGAGCGUCAAGAGAGAAUGGUUUCUACUCAUCGAUCUGCACGGAGGUCCCUCAUCAGCAAUCUCCAAAGUCCCUGCUAAUGCUACAUCCUAUGCCCACCGCCAUACUAUUUUUAAAUACGAGUUCUACGACCGCGUCACCAACGGCACAUAUCCCUCUGACGGAUUCUCAUUCUUCAACGAUUGGGUGGCUACAAUCACCAAUACUAUGAACCCCUCAGGUGUUGGCAUGUAUAUCAACUACGCUGACCCAACAUUGACCACCGAGGAGGCGCAGCACUACUACUGGCUCGAUCACUACAGCCGACUUGAAGAUAUCAAGAAGGCGUAUGAUCCAACUAAUAUCUUUUCGAACCCGCAGUCUGUUGGGAGAGGUAACUAG